AGAGUUUGAAAAGUUCGUGGAAAUAGACAACCUCGCGGAGGUUGGCUGAAUGUUCGCAAAGUGAAUUUCACUUGAAACUUAAGAUUUUAUUUUAUUCGCAUCCAGUUGGCUAAUGAAAAGUCCGUUAAUACUCGAGUUAAUACGCGUACAUUGAAAGGAGAUUGACUCGCGGCAUUGGCCGGCGUUAAACUUGUUAUUCCUUUAAGAAAAAAUACAGUGCUUCGCAGAAAUAAGAAAUAAGAAAUAUGGCGGUACCCACUACCGGUGUAGUUGUUCCACGAAACUUUCGCUUACUAGAGGAACUAGAACAGGGUCAGAAAGGUGUUGGGGAUGGUACAAUUAGUUGGGGAUUGGAAAAUGACGAUGACAUGACUCUUACACAUUGGACCGGGAUGAUAAUCGGACCACCCAGAACGCCGUAUGAAAAUAGAAUGUAUAGUUUGAAAAUUGAUUGCGGUCAAAGAUAUCCAGACGAUGCGCCCAAUGUAAGAUUUUUAAGCAGAAUCAACAUGAAUUGUAUCAAUAGCACUACCGGAGCCGUCGAUAAUCGCAGUGUACCAGUACUUGCAAAAUGGCAAAGGGAAUACACAAUCAAGACAGUUCUACAAGAGCUUCGUCGUUUGAUGACACUCAAAGAAAACAUGAAACUUUCUCAGCCACCAGAGGGCAGUACUUUUUAGCCUAACCACACAUAAAUUUAUCAUUUCUUCCUUUUUAUGGUAGCACGAGGCGAGAUAUAAUAAUAAAGGUACCAAAUAAUAAUAAAAUGGUGCCCGAUGGAAAUUUAUGCUAAGAUGUAACGCCUUUGCAAAAGAAAGGCGAUAAUAGCUUGAAAAGUUGGAUAUGAAUUUUGUGUUUAGGUAAGCCCGAGAGGUGUUUGUCCUUUAAAUUUUAGGUCAUGUUUAAUCAUUCGCAUGUUUCUAAUGUAAAAAGUUAUUUGUAAUUUUUAGGUAAUAAAACUGUUGCGCGAUAGCCGUAAUGUUUCUCAUCUUAAGAGAUUAUUACCGCUUACUGUUUCUGAGAUGCUUAUGAGGUAUGUGCUUGCAAGACGUAUUUUUCCAACUUUUCAAGCUAUUAUGAUUAAAAAAAAAAGAAAAAAGGAAAAAAAAAGAAAAAAAGAAAAAAAGAAAAAAAAAAGAAAAAAAAAGGGAAAAAAAGAAGAAAAAAAUGUCACACAACAAAUAUUUUGAAUCUUAAACUGGAUACACCGAUUGUCUAAUAAAAAGAA